AUGGAUCACCAUUGUCCCUGGAUCUACAACUGCGUGGGCUUUAGGAAUCACAAGUACUUCUUCCUGCUGCUCCUGUACUCCGCGGCAGCCUGCAACUUCAUCACGAUCACCAUGAUCCCGACCGUCGAAUCUGCUGUGGAGCAGAACUCUGCCUUCGCGCAGAUGUUCCUCGUGCUCUUCGCCGAGACGCUCUCCGCCUUCUUAGGGAUCCUGAUCAGCCUCUUCUUCCUCUUCCACGUCUGGCUGAUGCUGCAGGCCAUGACUACGAUCGAGUUCUGCGAGAAGAGUAGCAAAGACCAGAGCUUUAGCGCCUCUGUGCACGACCGUGGCAUCAAUGGCAACAUUCGUGCUGUUCUCGGAGACUGGAUGAUUCUGUGGCUACUGCCAGUGUCACCUCCUUCUGGCAAUGGCACGGACUUCACCGAAGCAGAGGGUGCCGAUGACCCCUUCAUCACCAAAACGCUGGAGCCCGACCGCGGGCUGCGACGGAAGAUGCGCCAGGCGGCCUAUGGUGCUACCGGCAGCGGCAAGAGGUUGCUGAAGCAGCGCAGUGAGGCCGGCCGGAUGAUGUGCAACCCUUAG